AUGGAGGCGCAGGUUGUGAUUGACGCUACUUCUUUGAUGGAGGUGGAGCUGGCUGUCCGCUUUGUUGCGCAGAGCCUGCGUUUUGAGGCGGGGGUUGGGGCUGGGGCUGUCGUGCUGUCCCAGUGCCUCUCGUUUCGCAUUAUCAAGGGCUGGCUCUGGAUGGACGUCGUCGUCGUUUAUGAUCCACGAGUGUCAAAACUGGACCAGACGCCCACUUACAGACGUGCUGUCCCUCCUACACCCAGUCUUGUGCCUCUUGUUUGGCCCCAUCGACGGCGAAUUCUGGAUUCGGACAUUGUCGAUGAUUAUCCCUUGAAGAUUGAUCCCACGGAAACAAAUUUCGAUAUUUGGGUCAUCAUAUAUGAUUCGGUAUCACCCUUAUCCCAGGGUGAAGUUAAGCACACGGGAAAUGUUGAUGCCAGGACGACGCUGAACCAGAACAGGACGGCACUGAAUCAGAACAAGACGACGCUGAACCCAAUAUUCUCGUUUUUUUUUCAACCUGAACUUCCUGAGGAGCAGCAGGACGCACAUGCUGCAGAUCUGCCAGAAGCUGUCAAUGUCGCGGAAGGAGGCGGUGAACCUCGCGUUAGGCCUUUGAGCUUGACGACGUUAAUCGUCGUCCUUACGUUGUUGAUAGCAAAGCUGGCUUUCGCAACCGGUUGGUUCGCAUAG